AUGGCGACGUCCACGGAGGCAAAUUCAGUAGAUGAUGCCGAUAACAUUUUGUACGACCUUCUAGUCCUCUCUGAAUGGCCUCAAGAACCUGAAACUUUGACAAAGGUCAUCGCUGAGAAGCCUAAAGGUUCUAUCGUUGGAAAGCUAUCAUCAGUUGCUAACAGAUCAUUAUGGACUUUUCUUCGUAGUACUGGGAUGCCACUGAGGACUUCUACUCCAUGUUCACUUCCAGCUCCUCUCAUCAAGUUAGUAAAUGCUCAGAGUAAUUGGCAGUUAGCAACCACAAGCAAUGACAAACUUCUGGCUGUUCUUCAGGACAGUUAUAUCGAGGUCCGAUCAUUCAGAGAUGAUUAUGCAACAAGUCUUGGCAAAUGCACAAUACCUAAGGAUCCAUAUCCUCAAUGGAGAAAGCUAGCUUGGAGUCCAGACUGUACUAUGCUAGCCUGUUCAGACAGUAGCGGUAAUGUACGUGUUUUAGAUCUGUUGGGAAGUGUUCUCUUCACUAUCAAGAAGACAUCUUCUAAACAGCAGAUUCCAGGAAGUCCUUUAGAUCUGAGUUGUGCUGUAGCUUCACUUAUCUUCACCGAGUACAAACAGACAACGCAAUGGUCUGCUGAACUGAUAGUCAUAACGUACCAUGGGAGCCUUCACAGCUAUUUAGUAAGCCUGGCCGAUGGAUUCAUCCCCAAUCAUAGCUUCCAGUUUAGUAAUGAGCAUCCAUUGGGAAUAAGCAGCGCUGUAUACCUGCCUGUUCGAUCCUUACUCCUGAUUGGUUGCUGUUCACAAGAAGAAGGUCAAGAUGCUAAUAACAUGGCAGCACAGUAUGGCAUCACUGCCUGGAGAAGGCUAGAUGAUGCACCAUACUACAAGAUGGUGACUGACUAUUCAGGGGAACUUACUAAGUCUCGCAGUUCUCGUCGGCUUCUUAGAAGAGUGACCUCAAUGUCACUCUUUAAUAGAUCCAACAAACAGGAUGGCAUCUACAAGAUGUGUCUAUCACCAGAGGGGAACCAGUUGGUUACCGUCCACCAGUCAGGUCUUGUUGCUCUUUGGGACGUUCCAUCUUUGAAGAAUAGCAGCAUGUGGACUCUAGAAAAACAGCCUGGAUAUGAUGAGAAGAAUCCCAACAUUCUUAUUCCCUCCAAGAAGAAGCCAGCAGAAGGUCAACCAGCUCCUCAUUCACUGAUUGAUAUCAACUUCUGGUCAGAAAAGGCCCUGAUAUUGGCAAGAUAUUCCGGAGCUGUUUCUGUGGCUUCUACAAGACACCUAACAAACCUCUUGGGUGAUUCUUGUGAAUGGUUUGAACCAGCACCUAGAGUUAACCAAGCAUCAGAUAAAGGAUUUCUAUCCAUUGAGUGUGAGAGUAAGACUUCUGCACUGAAGAGACGUAGGAUGCCAUCUGAUACUGAACAUGAUGACAGUAAGAGUCAAACAUCACGUGAUGGCGAUGAUGAUAGUGAAGAUGAUGAAGAUGAAGAUGCUACCAUCAUCAUGAGGUCAACUAAACUAAUGAAACAGGCCAUGUAUUUUAUAACAGAGAGUGAGACAUUUCAACCGCCCAGAAAACGCCCCAAAGUUGUGAGUCGUACUUACCGUCUUGUAAGUCUACAGAAGACAACACCAGAGGAGCUGUAUGCACGUAGGAUUGAAAAUGAAGAGUAUGGAGAAGCCCUAGUGCUAGCGAGACGGUUUGGAUUGGAUGCUGAUCUUGUCUACCAAAGACAGUGGAGGAAAGCUCCAGUUUCCAUUGCUGCAAUCCAAGAUUAUCUUAGUAAGAUCACAAAGCGUGCUUGGGUCCUUCAUGAAUGCUUAGAGAGAGUUCCUGAGGAUAUUGAUGCAGCUAGAGAGCUACUUCAGUAUGGAUUGAGAGGAACUGACUUAGAGGCUCUGGUUGCUAUAGGCAGAGGAGAAGAUCAUGGAAGGUUUAUUUUAAGUCCUGACGCUGAGGCUGAAGAAAGCUUUGAGACUGAGGAUCCCACUCCUGACACCGAACAGCAGACAGCUAAAGAGAAGAAAGAGCAGCUCGUGUUACAAGUCAACUUUAACAGUUUGACUCUUGAGCAGAGGGAGCUAUGUAGAUGUCGUCUGAAGUUACUGACAUAUCUUGAUCGUCUUAGGACCUAUGAGGUGAUACUAGGAGGAGGGGAGGCAGCAGCAAGGUUCUUCAGCGAUCAUUUCUUUAAGACAUUCCGUGCUCAGAACAUUGUUGAAGCAACAGUGCAAUUUGCAAGGGAUUCUGAUUGGCAGGCUGUAGAGACCCUCUUUACGCAUCACGGCAGAGAUCUGCUUCCUCAUUGGCUACUCAUUCUUAAUAAUUUCCCAGAGACGACUUCUCCGGCUGAAUACAGCAGUCUGUUCCCAGAGGCAAGCCCUGAUAGUAGUGGAGAUUCUGAGGUAUUGGAAUGGGAGUUCAUUCAGGAUAGAGACGAUGAUUGGAGUGAAAGUCCUAUCUGCCAAGCAGCUAUUAAUCCAACACCAGUAGACUAUGGUGCUUUCCUCUAUGAAGAAUGCCCAGAACUGGCUCAUUUCAGGGCUGACAAGUUGACCAAAGCUUUACUAACUGAUUGGUUUAUUUGGAGAGCAACAACCAUUGAAAGACAGUCAAGACAGGUUGAUAAUGCACUGGAACUUGUCGAUCUUGGUAUAGAAAGAAAUGUUCAGGGCCUUAAGGCAUUGCAUGAUGACCUUGUGACCUUAGAGGUCAUGACCUAUGAGUGUCAGACUCAACCAGGCAUAACACUGGAUACUCUACAGACUAUGAGUGAUUUGGAUAAAGUCCUUCUUAUGAUGAGUAAGUCACCGAAAGAGAUGUAUGUGAAGAACAUCAAACGUUGGGUGAUACCAUUUUUGGACAGGGGUGAAAGACAGCACCUAGGAAAGAGGAAUGAGCUACUGACCCAAUACAUGCUAUGCAUGGCCAAGGAAGAUCUUACAAACUGUGUGAUGAUUUUUGAAAACUCUAAAUCAAUGAAUGCUGGAUCAAUCGUGACAGAGAGUCAUUUAUUAAUGAGUUUAGCAUUACAGUGUGUCUAUGCUUCAGAGAGAAAUGACCAGCUGAGUUUAACGCUAGCAGUGCUUCACUGUAUGCCUAGGAGGAGUUUUGGGAUGCAGUCCGAGGAGACGUCUGCUCUUCAUGACCAGCUUGGGCAUCUCUCAGAUCAUCUUAGAGCUGCAGAGAUCCUUCUUGCCCACGAUGUCCCUAAACCUCCAAAGUUCAUACAAGAUACUCAGACAGACAAAGAGCAAGCCAAGGGGCUGAUGAUCAGACUAUCAAGACAAGCUGCUCGCAGGAAGCCACCAUUAAAAUCAGGAGAGUGGAAACAACUUCUGAGGGACAUGCUAGAACUCCAGCGCAAGGUUUACACCUGUUUAGAUCAACAGCUUUGCUAUGAGGUGUACACUGAGAGUCUGCUUGGAUCCAGCUCCUUGCCAAACAUCCAGCUAGCCGGUGAGAUGCUGACAACCUCCUCCUCCUUGCCAACCGCCUCCUCCUCCUCAGCGACCUCAUCAUCUCAAGAUUCAUCAGCUGGGUCAAGUUACAACCUGGUCAAAGGUCAACACAGCACUAUGUUGCCGAGGAUUGACUAUGAGACUUCGGUUGAGUUGGUACUAUCUGCAGCGAGAGAGUACUUUAACUCAUCAGCUGAUCUAAUGGAUUCCUGUAUGGAUCUAGCAAGAUGUUGCCUGCAACUAUUGACUGAUUGUCCGUCUGGUGUACAGGAAGAGUUAGAUCUCAUAGCUAGCCUGGCACUUCUAGAUGAUUACAAUGUGUCCAUACUCCCACUGCAAGUGAGGCUUAGUGCAAAUCGACUUGAGCUGGUUAAGACUGUCUUAGCUUCGAUGCCUAGUGCUUACAAAGACUCCAAACAGCUUCUACGUCUAUCCAAACUUCUGCGAGUAUCAGGAACCAAUGCAGAGGAUAGGAAAGGCCUUGUUCUGGUGUUAGUUGCUGAAGCCGCGUUGGCCGUCUCAGACUACAGAGGGAUGCAUCAUACAUGUACACAGCUUAUACAGGAUGGGUAUAGCCCUGGUUGGAGUGUCUGCUAUACACUAGCCAUGGCAGAGGAAUUCAGAGAUCUCUCUGCAAAACGAGAGCUCCUGUCCUUCUCAUUGGCUCACUCUGACGCUGAGUCUCUCCAGGUCAUCAUGAAAGCCAGAAAUGCUUUGGAGACACAGAUUUUAUGCCUCUCAGUGAAUGCGCACUCAUCACACAGUACUGCAAGCACUACUGUAACUGAUGCCGAAGAACAAGAUCCGGAAGCCAUUGAUGAUAUGGAAGUAGACACUGCAGAAGCAUUGCAGCCUGAAGAUCAGACUGCGCUACGUGCAGCUCUUGGCAAAACAACGGCCAAGACGAGACAAGUCUUAGCAGCAACAGGCACUACUACCAAAGCAGUUCUUGCUGCUACUGGGACGACAACCAAGGCCGUACUAGCCGCUGUAGGGGAUAGGAAAUGGUGGAAAGAUACUUUGAAAUGGGUACGCCCUCUUGGUGGAAACAACAGUGACAUGGCAGAAGUGUAUGGGGUCAUAGGUCAUGGGAACGCCAAGAUGGAACGUCAUGGAUGCCAUCCAUUCUACUCAACGAUGAUCAGUAAUCAUUAUGUUGGAAAGGAGCAGAUAGACUAUAGUGUGUAUCGCAUAUCUCAGAAUGAUGGGGCACCAGUGAAAGUCAGUCAGGAUCUCUUACGUGCUGGACUGAUGGAGGGGACCAGUGAACCCAAUCUAGUCACACAGAAUGAAGUUUUAUUACAAGUUGCUCUGGAGGUCAUGACCUAUGACCUGACCCAAGGUCUUUGCCUUCUGCUGGCUCUACCAAAUCCUUUAGACGCUGAACAGUGCUUUGAGAAACUUCCUCGCACCGCCCUGACCCUACAGCUAGCUGCUUACUACUACGCACUCCAGCUGAACUCUUCCACUAACACAACCACAGUCAUGACCCCUGACCUUAGGUACCAGCAGUCACCCAGUAAGCUGAUUGGCCAAGUAGUGAGUCAGGUGACUGGAGACAAUGGUGGUGAUUGGUCAGAUGUUGAGAAGUCACUGGUAUCCCAGCUGCAGUGUUAUGUGGAGUUAUUGGCUGACUUUACUCAGGCUGAGUCACUGCAGGCUUUAGGGCGAGGUGUUGACGUGGCUCGCUUCACUCAGGAUAAAGAAUAUAAACAUGAGACAAUCCUGGGUCUUGCCAUGACCACAGAGGAAGAGGUGUAUAAACUGUCGGUGUCACUCGCUCAUCGUUAUCAUUUGCCUCUUUGGGAGGUAUACAUGACACAUCUAGAAUUCCUAUUCACAGACAGCGGCUUUAAAACUCCAAAACUGGAAGAGUACAUCUCAGCUCUUGGCAUCCUGCCAACACUAACAUCAAAACCCAUUGACUUUGCUGACCGCCUCAACCUAUACGUCUUUCCAACAAUAGAGGGCAGCGAUCACAACAGGCUUAUUUACUACUACUCACUUCUUCAUAAGUGUGGGUCAAAGAUCAAGACAGGCUCGGUGACCCCUGACACACACAUCAAGUCUCUGAAGAAAUUGAAGUCAGCAGCACCAGGUCUUGAUUAUAAGAGCUUAUUAGAUGGAGAGACUGAUCCAGUGGAUGUGAUUGGUCCAGUGCUGAGUGGAGCAAAUGUACACGUCAUUGCUAAAGUAGCAGCUAAGAUACCUCUACAGGGAGGUGGGAACCUGUCUUCCAGUCAGGUGUUCUUGGCCUACAUCAUCAAGCUAUUCUGGGAAGGUGAUCAGGGCUUUAAGAAAGCUCCAGAGUCUAUAGCUGACUGGCUUCAUCGUUAUGAAGGAUGUGGGGAGUUAUUCAAUCGCAUCAAUCCGGCAGAUUUUACCUCCUUCAUUUCAAACGUUAUCUUCACUGAAGACUCCAUCCAAAAGCUGGAGCUUGAUUGCCGUCAGAAAAUUGUGACUAGAGCUUUGAAGUUCAGUCGUCAACAGACUGGUAAACAAAAGCUGGCCACAGCAGUGGGAGCCUUUACUGUGGAUUGGGCAUCAGAGAGACUUCAACAGUACCUGAAACAUCUACAGAGUCUGGAAUCAGACGGGGUACAGGACCUUAAGGAUUAUGAUAAGCAGAAGACUGGGUCAUCGUUUACUGUGCAGUAUGACCUUACGCAAGGAGACACGGAUAAGAUGAAGAACUUAAUGAUGUCAUUACUGACUGGUGGUGCAACAUUGGAGCUUAUUGAUGGACUGUUGAAGCAGACCACUCUAGACAAAUGGACGUCACUCUCAGCGGUCCAGCACACACUGCAGGCAUUGAUGACCUCUCUGAUGGGAGACAAGGAUGAGAAACCAGGCAGGGGUCUGGAGGAUGUAGAGACUCUCCUUAGUAAGAUGGAGACUGUACUGACUACUGUCAACCAACAUGAACAGCAACAGGGUACUCUCAUUAAAGCAAGUCAAGUCUUAGAUGUCCUCAGACCAUUUUGUAGUGACAGCUCCAUUGAUGCCAAGUUACGAAUUAAUCUGCUGCUAAUACUGGAAAGGACCUUCAACCUUGAUGAGGAAGAUUCCAUGUUGUUGCUGUUCUAUCGUACGGAGGCUCUUGUAUCAACCCUCUGGAAACAACAGGUGAGUGAAGAGGAUGUAGCUACUAACGAAGCUCGCCAACGUCUCUUCACAUCACUCUUACAAAGCAGCCAGGCAAUGGAUCAGCUUAUUACUCUCUCCAAAUUACUGCAGCAGUGGCCUCCACUUCAAGUCUCAAGCACCGAGACUGCAGAUACUCCGUGGGUUCAGCUACUGAUUGAAUGGAUUCAACAUGAGGAUAGCUGCCAACAUGAAGAGGUCUUACUCAAGCUCUUUGAAUACUUCCAAGAGAAUGAUGUCAUCAGCUCAGAGUGUGUUGAAGUAUUGUACCAAGAGUUGGUUGCCCAAGGAGCAAUGCUGACUGCCAUGAAGCUUGUUUUGGUUACCAGAGAUACCAGACUAUAUCCACUCAUCUUGGAGUAUAUGCAGCAAGAUACAAAGAUAUCUCCAAGUUCCUAUGACAACCAACUAUUUUGCCUUCUUGUUGAUAAUGACCUUGUUGCUAAGGUUGCGACCACACCCUACUACGCCCCUCUCAUCCAAUUCCUGUUGACCUCGCAGGAAGCCGAACCUCUCAAACCAAAGGUCAAGGUCAUUGUAGGUCAGCUUAGAGCAGCAGGUCAUGAAACGGCAGCAGGUACAUUGCUGUUGAGGUUCCAGGGGGCACAUUCAAUGUUCGGCACUCUGGACACUGCUUACUCAGCACUUAAGUGUUGGUUAGGAAAGUAAGAAUGUUUCAAAAGUAAGAAUGUUAUUCACGAGCGGUUGGGCCGUUUCAUUUGUAAGUCUUCAAUGGCAUUGCAACAAUGUUUAGAGUAGCUUUAUUAAAACUAUUAUUUAAAGUAUAAAUUUCUGAAUAAUUAGCAUUUUAAGAUUUUUGAAAACAAAUGAUAUUGAGUUGAAUGCGCUUGAUUGCUAGGCCAUAACACAGCUCAUAAUGGAAUAAAGGCCCUGUUGGAAACCAGGGCCAUAACACAGUUCAUAAUGGAAUAAAGGCCCUGUUGGAAACCAAGGCCAUAACACAAAUCAUAAUGGAAUAAAGGCCCUGUUGGAAACCAGAGCCAUAACACAGAUCAUAAUGGAAUAAAGGCCCUUUUGGAAACCAGGGCCAUAACACAGUUCAUAAUGGAAUAAAGGCCCUGUUGGAAACCAAGGCCAUAACACAAAUCAUAAUGGAAUAAAGGGCCUGUUGGAAACCAGGGCCAUAACACAGAUCAUAAUGGAAUAAAGGCCCUGUUGGAAACCAGGGCCAUAACACAGAUCAUAAUGGAAUAAAGGCCCUGUUGGAAACCAGGGCCAUAACACAGAUCAUAAUGGAAUAAAGGCCCUGUUGGAAACCAGGGCCAUAACACAGUUCAUAAUGGAAUAAAGGCCCUGUUGGAAACCAGGGCCAUAACACAGUUCAUAAUGGAAUAAAGGCCCUGUUGGAAACCAGGGCCAUGACACAA